AUGCAUCUAUGGAGUAUUUUAUUGCGGGUUGCCGUUAUCCUCGGAUUGCUAAACCUUGCAACCGCGGAUAUUAAUGAAGAAACGACCGACCCUGGAGCAAAAGUCUUCGGCUCUAUCUUGCAAAAAAAUUGGACGCUGGCCAAUUUUGGGGAAAUGUUGCCGGAAUUCGAUGCGUUUGUUGCGAAUUCAGCAAAAUUCGCCGAACGCGUCGACGAAGCCAAAAAAUCCGGGAAAACGCCCUCCUCCUUCGACAAGACAAAGGGAUCCGUCCAACUUUUCGGCGAAUUCCUUAAUGACGACCUGAUUGGAGGGAUGGAGAAGUAUUUAGUAGCGUAUCCGAAGCGCACUGCAUUGCUGCAGUAUAUCGAUAAAAGGUCGAAAAGUUUUUUGCGCGAGGGUUUAUUGGGUGAUAGUGCGAAGGGAUCUCUUGAGGGUGUCUGCAGCUGGUAUGACCCCAAUAAUUUGCUUGCCAAAGUCCGCGAACUGAUGCUUUGCCAGACUCGUGAUGCAUUCAGUAAAAAACUGAACAUGCUCGACGCCUUUUCCCGUAUCGAAUCACACCCCAACUGGACACCGGUUUUGUCGACUGAUGAGGAUGAUGAAUAUGAAGUGAACAAAGACGAGUACCUCGUCUGCUCGAUAAGCGAUUGGAACAAGCGAUUCGGAUGCAUUGCUGACGAAUAUAAUGCGACACUGACAGGGCUGGUUGGUGCGAGUCGACCGGCAGUCACACGACAGUUGCGCGCCUUGAACAACCGCCCAGCCACCGCCCCGUUUUUCUUACUGACGUUUGGCACGAGAGGAUGUCUUUUGGAAGAAACGAAAGCCAUCUACGCAUCCGACCCAGAAUCGAUGCUUCAAAUCGCACGCCCUUUGAUGAAACUGAUGAAACAAUUGUACCUCUACGGCGACAUCUGCAAACACGUUGAAAACGGCUCUUCUGAUUAUGCUGCCCGCGAGACGCGUGAACGAUUUGCCAAAAUUCAACAGACGAUCAAAGAACGAUUGGCAACCCUAAUGGGCACCGAUGGCUCGCCGAGUUCGAGUAUCCAGUAUACAGCGCUGACUCCUACCAGCCGGAAGUUCCGCGAAGACAUCGCCUUCAUCCGCGCGCUGGCCAUCAUCUCGGUGCUCGGCUACCACUUUUGGCCGGAUACAUUUGGACUGGGCUUCAUCGGAGUUGACAUGUGGGCGGAA